AUGUUAAAGGCCAAGGCUUUAUGUUAUCGUUUAGUGAAAUCCAGAAAAGCUACUUCUUGUGCUCUUCCCUCUGAACCAUCUCCCUCCACUUCAGUAGCCGCCGUCUCUGCCAUUUCUGGUGACCACUGGUCUCGAUGUUUGUCUUUGAUAGUCAAACUUGGUGGGAGAGGUCUUGUAGACUCUGCUCGGGAAGUGAUUAGCCGUGUUAUCGAUGGUUCUUCUUCUAUUUCAGAGGCGGCUUUAGUUGUUGAUUUCGCGGGCAACAAUGGAAUAGAACUCGAUUUGUGUUGCUGCGGCGCAUUGAUAAGGAAGCUGACGGAUAUGGGUCAGCCUGGAUUGGCUGAAACUUUCUACAACGAACGUGUGAUUGGAAAUGGUAUGGUUCCUGAUUCGUCGGUUUUAGAUUCAAUGGUGUUUUGUCUAGUUAAGCUAAGGAGGUUCGAUGAAGCUAGAGCUCAUUUAGAUAGCAGUAUAGCUUCUGGUUAUGUUCCUAGUAGAGAUGCUUCUAGUUUAGUAAUUGAUGAGCUUUGUAAUCAAGAUCGAUUUCUCGAGGGGUUUCAUUGCUUUGAACAAGUGAAAAAGGGAGGCAGUGGUUUAUGGCUUUGGUGUUGUAAGAGAUUGUUUAAGGGGUUGUGCGAUCAUGGACACUUGGAUGAAGCAGUUGGGAUGUUAGAUACUCUGUGUUUUGUAGAAGAAGAAUUGCUGAAGCUUUUGCUAGUCCUCACAGGAGGAAGUUGUGAGUACUGGUACUCAAGGAGGUGGCCAAGAGACUACGGAUGA